AUGACUUCGAAGUUCAAGAAUGAUCUCUUACAAGGUACUAUAACUCCUUCUAAAUUCCUUGAACAACUGGAGCCUGAUGAAGAUCUUUUUGAAGAAUUGUCAUAUUUGGAAGAGGACAUUGAAGACGAGUCGUUAAACCAUAUUGAACGCAACCAGAAUACAACUAAUAAUAAUAUGUGUGUGGACAUGCGACGUUACAUUGCAUCGCGCAACCAACGCUCCAUGCGCUACAUAGAUAAUCCAACAGAAGACACUUACAUUAAAGCCUAUAAUGASCAUCACGAAUUCAUUUCACGUCAACGUGCACGACGGGCGACGAAGGCUGAGCAAGCACGGAAAUUGCCGACUGAGCCACAGCUGGUGAAAUUUGAAAUUAGCGAUGCUCUAGAACCCAGUCCCGAGGUAAUGGAACUCAUACGCCAACAUCGCAGUCGAGAGGAAAAGCUAACAACAGCGACAAGUUUCACCAAUGCGRAUGAGAAAAAUAGCACAACUUCGGCAAAAGACUCUCUGAAAGCGAAGACUAAGAUAACCACAGCAGCACCGAAACGUUCUUCACGAGGUGCACGGGCAAGGAUUACGCCCAACAAACGUACAAAACGCGCAGCACCUAAUACACCAAUAAAUCGCCAGUCAUUCAAUUUUCAAGUAAAGCUAAUACCUUUCGACAUUUCCGAAGCACGUGAGCCCGAUGAACAAACAAAGGCACUCAUAAGACGUAUGCGUAAUCUGGAGCUGCAAAAGUUAAGUAACAAUGCCGCUGUCAGCACUGUAGCUCCAACAGUGAUACGUGUGCAUCGAAAUGCGCCCGCAACAGGUAUCGCAACCGCACCACUACCAACCUUCAAUCCGAGUAAAUACUAUCGACCAAAAACAGGCAAGCUCUUCAUGAAGCGUAAGGGCAAACGCGUCAAGCGCUCGGCACCUCAAAUGAUACGCUUCGAGUUAGARGAUGCGCGUGAACCGAACGAAGCUAUAUUAGAACAAUUACGUUUGGUUAGASAAAGUCGCAAAGAUGCUAAAGCUAUCGAUCAACAAAACACUAACGAAGGUAGUUAUGAUAUUAUUAAUAAGCGAGAAGCCCGUAUGGAUACAAAGAAAGCCCAGCCGGUUGAGCUGCCUGUUAAGAAGGACGUUGACGAAGGUGACAACGAUCAGAGCAACGGCGAAAGCAAGCGUACAUUUGUCUAUAAGGAAGCACCCAUCGUGAAGGCAAAAAAGUCAAUUAGUUCGCUGCCCGUGGAGGUGCAAAAGAUCAUCACACAUCUUAUGAAAGAUCAUGGCGCUGGUGGUGGUGGUGGUGCCGYUGGUGGUGGCAAAGCUUAUGUGAAAUACAUACCAGCACAUAUGGUCGACUAUCGUCAAUUGAAAUCCCUUUAUGGUGCGAAGCUCGCCUUACCGCCGACCUAUAGCCUUGGUAGUGGAGGCAGCAAACUAUCCCCCGCCUCCUAUAUAAAAUACAUACCACCACAUCAGAAGGGUGAACAAUUACAGGUGCAAAUCCAUCCAGUGCCGGUUGUUGAAAAGAUCCGUUACAUAUAUACGCCUGUCGCCGCCGCACCGGUCGGCCAUGGCUAUGAUGGUAACGCACAUGCAGCGGUGACUGUUGAGGAACAAGCGGCAGCACACGCUGCUGCUACUCACGCGGUACAAGCAGCCUAUGCUGGUCAAAAUGUACAUGCCGUAGCUGAAGCUCAAGCUGCUCAGGCGGCCCACGCCGCCAAUGCAGCUCAAGCUCAACAUGCCGUGGGUGUCGCACACGUCGCUGAAAACUACGGAGCUAAAGCUAUCGCAGGGGAAGGAGGUGGCGAAAGUGGCGAACAAGAGGGCGGUGGUGUCGCACAUCCCAUUGUAGUCCAGGAAAAUGCCRGUGCUGGUCAUCAAGGACUGCAAGCAGUGCACCACACAUAUGCAGCCGAUGUGUCGCAUGCAUUGCAGGAAGAAGUACCCGCUGCGGUCGCUAUCAAAGCUAUACACUUUCGACCCUCGAAGCCCGAUCCUCUGCUCAACGARAAUAAACUGACAGAAGCCGCUGCGGUCGAAGCAGGCGGAUAUGGGGAAGGUCAURUUAGCUAUGGCGGCGUUCAUGGUGGCAAUGGAGGUGGUGAGCAACAAAUUGUAGCGGUAUAUGCAGCUGCUCACGCAGGCGGCCAUGYCGAAGCGGCGCCUCAAUACAUCGAAAACUAUAAAUAUGAAGUAGGCCAAGUGGCAGCYCAGCCACAGAAAGAAGCCGAAGUACCGCUGGUCAAAAUCGAAUACCAUGGCCCUGCAGAUGAUAUAAAACAGAAUUUCAAAGAACUACCCGAAUUCAAACAACUCUCCACAUUAGUCGGCAAGUCAACCGAAGAUCAAAUACAUGGUUUAACCUAUCUCUUGGCUAAAGAGAUGCAGAAUAARCUCAAGCUGCAGCGUAAAAAGCUGUACAUUGCAGUUGGUCCCGGUUCACACACCAAUACCGCACCCAUAGUUUUCCCGCACGAGCAACAACAAGUAGGCGAACUGAAGCAACAACAAGUUCAAGCUCAUGCUGGUGGCAUUCAUGGACGUCUGAUCGGUAUGGCCAAGUCCAAAGAAUAUAUACCUAUUGUGGAACAAGGUCCUGCGGCCGAGCAAAAAGAAAACACCGGUGGUGGUGCUGAAGGCGGCGGACAUAGUCCCGUGCAGCAUGUUGCCAUCCCUGCUCCAAAGCAAUACGUAGCCAUUAAAGUUGAACCAAAAGCCCCACUGCCGAAUUCAUUCGUAGAGUAUGGGCUCUCACCAAAUUAUCAGGGCAUCAAAGGCGCUGAAGGUGGCGUAGGUGCUGAAUCUGGACAGAAAACCAAAUUGUUAGUGGAACAAGUGAUACAUCAUCCGAGAUUKCAGUAUAAAGGUGGCGCUGGAGCUGACCAUGCGAAGGCAAUUGUGGCUGAAGCGGAGCAAMAUGGCAGCGGGGCAUCUAGUGAGCAGAGCCUAACCUAUGGUGAUGGGCUGCAAUACGCCGCAAAGUAUGCRUUCGGCUAUCGCAUACGUGAUUUUAAUACCGGCAAUGAUUUUGGCCACAAACAGAAUCGUGAUUUGGAUGGUGUGACGCGCGGUCAAUAUCACAUUUUAUUGCCGGACGGACGCAUACAGAAUGUCAUUUAUCAUGCAGACGAUACGGGUUUCCAUGCGGAUGUCAGCUUCGAGACGGGACACUGA